GGGCGGGCGACGCGGCGGUCGCGGCGACGGCGGCGGUCGCGGCGACGGCGGGGCGGGACGGCGACGCGACGGCGCCGCGCGCGUGUCGCGAACGAUUGAACGUGAUCAUGGUCGCCAGUGAGUGCGCGCCGUUCAGUAAGACGGGGGGUCUGGGAGACGUCAUGCAGUCGCUCCCGAAGGCGCUCGCCGCGCGCGGACAUCGAGUGAUGGUGGUCGUACCGAGGUAUAAGGAGUACGAAGAGGCGUUCGACACGAACGUGCGCGUGACGUACAACGUCUUGGGACAUCCCACCGAGGUCGGUUACUUCCACGCGUACGCGGAUGGGGUCGAUUACGUCUUUGUCGAUCACGGGGCGUAUCACCACGUGCGAGACAGCAUUUAUAGCGGCGAACGCUCGGACGCGAUGUUUCGCAACUCGAUGCUGUGUCAAGCCGCGCUCGAAGCGGUGUGGCACGUCCCGUGCGGCGGUGCGCCGUACGGCGAUAGUAAUUUGAUGUUCGUCGCGAACGAUUGGCACGCGGCGCUGCUUCCGGUGUAUCUGCAGGCGUAUUACAGAGAUCACGGGAAAUUUGAAUUCGCGCGCUCGUGCUUCGUCGUGCACAACAUGGCGCACCAAGGUCGCGGACCGUUGGACGAGUUCGGGGCGUUACAACUUCCGGAUAAGUACAAGGAGAUGUUCCGCCUGGACGACCCCGUGGGAGGAGAGUGCAUGAACAUCAUGAAGGCGGGUCUGUCGCUCGCCACGCGGGUGAUCGCCGUGAGCGAAGGGUACGCGUGGGAAAUCGCCACGGACAUGGGUGGGUGGGGGCUCGCGCCAACGAUUCGUGAUUUCGGCGCGGGUAAGCUCAGUGGAAUCGUCAACGGCAUAGACUUGAACGAGUGGUCGCCGGAGAUCGACCAUCACCUCGACGGCGACGGCUACCGGCGAUACGAGCCGAGAGCCGACGCGUUUGAAGCGGGCAAACUCGCGUGUAAGCGAGCGCUUCAGCGCGAGUUGGGGCUUCCCGAGCGCGACGAUGUUCCCGUGUUAGCCUUCAUCGGGCGAUUGGACGAUCAAAAAGGAGUCGACCUGAUCACCCAAGCCGAGGGAUGGUUGGCGGGUCAAGACGUUCAACUCAUCAUGCUCGGCAGCGGUCGCGGGGAUUUAGAGGACGCUCUGCGCGGCAUGGAGGAACGAAACCGCGAUAAAAUUCGAUCCUGGAUCGGUUUUUCGGUGAAAAUGGCGCACAGAAUCACCGCCGGGGCGGAUAUUCUGCUCAUGCCCUCGAGAUUUGAGCCGUGCGGAUUGAACCAGCUCUACGCCUUGCGCUACGGCACGGUUCCCGUGGUGCACGCGGUGGGCGGUUUGCGCGACACCGUGCAGCAAUACGACCCGUUCACCAACGCUGGAACUGGAUGGACCUUUGAUAGCGCGGAGACGCACAAGCUCAUCGACGCCAUGGGCCACGCCAUCGGUACCUAUCGCGACCACAGAGAAUCCUUCCGCGGAAUCCAAGCGCGCGGUUUCGAGCGAGACGUGAGCUGGACCCACGCCGCCGAGCUCUACGAGGACCGCUUCAUCGACGCCAAAUAUUCCUGGUGA